AGUUUAUAUCUAUCCAAUUUUUAAAUGCUCGUAAACUUAAUAUUUAGCUUAACUUCUACAUAAAAAAAUAGACAUCAUGAGAAAAAUUGCAGAUGGAAACACCCAUUGGCUCGAUGGUUACAAGGUGGUUUUCAACUGCUAUUGCUGCGUGACUUGACCGAAGUGUUCAAACAUUAGAUGUUUUUGUUUUGAUUUGUCUGAAGUAGUUAUACUUUUCGCAGUUCGACUUCUAUGUAUUUUCAUACAUUGGCAUUGACUUUCUGACCCGCCAACUUUGAAUGGUAUGAAGGAAACCAACAAUUCUCAACUUUUCAGCAUGUAAAAACCAAACAUCAUACCAUGAAAUCUGUAACAAGUUAGCUUCUUUUCUUUUCAAACUUGAAAAACUGAAGCACCAAGAUGGAACUGUUCACCUCAUCAUCAUCAUCAUCAUCAUAUCUUAAACUGCUGCUUCAGUCUGUUGUGAUCUUACUCCUGGUUUUUACGCGUGCAAACUCCGAAUCUCAAUCUCAGUUGCAUGAUCAAGAACAUGAAAUCUUACUGAGGAUAAAGCAGUACCUUGAAAACCCUUCAUAUCUCAGUCACUGGACAUCAUCAAACAUCGCUCACUGCUCUUGGCCAGAGAUAACGUGUAGCAACGACGAUUCUGUCACUGGAUUGACAUUGUCCAACAAUAGCAUCACUCAGACCAUACCCUCUUUCAUAUGUGACCUCAAAAACCUCACACACGUUGAUUUCUACAACAAUCUGAUUCCUGGGGAGUUCCCAACACAUCUCCUCAAUUGCUCCAAGUUGGAGUACCUAGACCUGUCUAUGAACGACUUUGUUGGCAGCAUCCCUCGUGACAUUGGCAACUUAUCUAAUCUGCAGUUUCUUAACCUUGGUUACACCAAUUUCUCUGGUGACAUUCCUUCUAGCAUUGGAAGUCUAAAGCAACUCACAAAUCUUCAAUUUCAGAACUGCCUAUUGAAUGGAACUAUCCCCUCUGAGAUUGGCAACUUGUCCAAUCUUGAAUUCUUGGAUUUGUCAUCUAACUCCAUGUUCCCUCCUUCGAGGUUGCAUGAUAACUGGAUGCGGUUGAGCAAGUUGAAGUUCUUUUUCAUGUUUGACUGCAACUUGGUCGGGGAGAUCCCUGAAACUAUUGGAAACAUGGUGGCUUUGGAGAGAUUGGAUCUAUCGCAGAACGAUUUAAGUGGUGAAAUUCCCGGGGCCUUGUUCAUGCUGAAGAAUCUGAACAUAAUGUUUCUAUCUAGAAACAAGCUUUCUGGGGAAAUACCUGAUGUGGUUGAAGCACUGAAUUUGACCAUCAUUGAUCUAACGCGAAAUUCUCUCUCAGGAAAAAUACCAGAUGGUUUUGGAAAGCUUCAAAAUUUAACUGGUUUGGCUUUGUCUUUAAAUAACUUACAUGGGGAGAUACCACAGAGCAUAGGCCUUCUUCCAUCUCUGAUAGAUUUUAAAGUGUUUUCCAACAAUUUAUCAGGUACUCUUCCUCCUGACUUUGGCCGCCACUCAAUGCUUAAAACCUUUUUGAUUUCAAAUAAUAGUUUUAGUGGAAAGCUACCCGAGAACUUGUGCUAUAAUGGUCACUUGGAAAACUUAACUACCUAUGAAAAUCAUCUUAGUGGGGAGUUGCCACAAUCACUUGGUAAUUGUAGUAGCCUGACAGAUCUGAAAAUUUAUAGUAACGAGUUUUCUGGUAGCAUUCCAAGUGGUCUUUGGACUUUCAAUCUGUCAACUUUCAUGGUGAGCCAUAACAAGUUCACUGGUGAGCUUCCUGAGAGAUUGUCCUCAACUAUUUCGCGUUUGGAGAUAGAUUACAAUCAGUUUUAUGGUAGUAUUCCAACUGGGGUGUCUUCAUGGACUAAUGUGGUUGUGUUUCAAGCCAGUAAGAACAACCUUAAUGAGAGUAUUCCAAGAGAGUUAACAGCUCUUCCAAUGCUAACAACACUAUUGCUUGAUCAGAACCAGCUCACAGGACCACUUCCGUCUGAUAUAAUAUCAUGGAAGUCCCUUAGGAAUCUAAAUUUGCGACAAAACCAACUCUCUGGACAUAUUCCUGAUUCAAUUGGUCAUUUACCUGAUCUCAACCAACUUGAUCUGUCAGAAAAUCAGUUCUCGGGUCAAAUUCCUUCUCUUCCUUCCAGACUCACCAAUCUCAAUCUUUCCUCCAAUUACUUGACAGGGAGGGUUCCAAGUACAUUUGAAAAUUCUGCUUUUGAAACCAGCUUUUUGAACAAUUCUGACCUCUGUUCUGAUACUCCAGCACUGAAUCUCAGGUCAUGUAAUCAUAGCCCUCAAAGUGAAAGCAAUGACUCAUCUUGGUCUGUUGCUUUGAUCAUAAGUCUGGUGGUAGUGGCCUGUUUCCUGGCUUUGUUGGCAUCGUUCUUGAUAAUCAGAUUUUACAGAAAAAAAAAGAGUGGAUUGGAUAGGUCAUGGAAGCUCAUUUCUUUCCAAAGGCUGAGUUUCACUGAAUCAAACAUAGUGUCAUCACUCACAGAAAAUAAUAUUAUUGGCAGUGGUGGCUAUGGUGCAGUAUACCGCGCUGCAGUUGAUGGUUUAGGCUAUGUUGCUGUCAAGAAAAUUUGGGACAACGAAAAGAUAAACAAGAAGCUUGAGAGCUCAUUUCACACUGAAGUUAAAAUAUUGAGCAGCAUUCGUCACAAAAACAUUGUGAAGUUGAUGUGUUGUAUCUCUAAAGAGGACUCUAUGCUCCUUGUGUAUGAGUAUGUGGAAAACCACAGCCUUGACAGGUGGUUGCACAGGAAGAAUAAGUCAUCAUCAGCUGUUUCAGGUUCACUCCAUCGUGUUGCCCUUGAUUGGCCAAAGAGAUUGCAUAUAGCAAUUGGAACUGCACAAGGUUUGAGCUACAUGCAUCAUGAUUGUUCGCCACCUAUUGUUCAUCGAGAUGUGAAAACAAGCAACAUUCUUUUGGAUGAUCAAUUCAAUGCAAAAGUUGCUGAUUUUGGUUUGGCCAGGAUCUUGGUGAAACCAGGGGAACUUGCCACCAUGUCAGCUGUGAUUGGAUCAUUUGGCUAUAUGGCUCCAGAGUAUAUCCAAACAACUCGAGUAAGUGAAAAGAUUGAUGUCUACAGCUUUGGGGUAAUCCUAUUGGAACUUACAACUGGCAAAGAAGCUAAUUAUGGUGAUGAGCACUCAUCUCUUGCAGAGUGGGCGUGGCGGCACCAUCAAUUAGGAAGCAACAUAGAAGAGCUGCUAGACAAAGAAGUCGUGGAAUCCAGUUACUCAGGUGAAAUGUGUAAGGUUUUCACACUAGGUCUCAUGUGCACUGAAACACUUCCUUCUGCUAGACCAUCCAUGAAAGAGGUUCUACAAGUUUUGCUUUCUUGUGAUGAAUCAUUUUCUAAGGGAGAGAGUAAUAUUUGCCACUGUGAUGAUGUUGUUCCCUUUCUUAAAAAUUCAAGAAGAGAGCACAAGUUGGAUAUUGAUAAUGAUAGCUAGCUAGAUAGGUGUCAUGUUGAAGUUGGAGCUUAGUAGUGUGAGUGUAAAUCACCAACUGAACAUCCAUGAAGAUUAUUACCAAUUCUAGAAUUGACUUCAGUGCAACACUGCCACAGGAUUGAAGAUUUAGAACAUCAAUACUGCAGAAUGCUUGAAAAGUCACAAAAUUCAAGUUCUUCGUUUUGGUAUGUGAGAUAAAUCCUCAUGGAUGGUUACUAGGUACCUGGAUUCCAAUUGAUUCCUGAGAUAAUCUCUCGUAUACUCUAUAACUUAUGUGGUUGUUAAUAUUCAU